UUCAUUUACAUGCAUGCAUUAUAAUUUCUCAAAAGGAAUGUGGGUUGCAUUUGGAGUUCUAAACUUUAAAUUAAAUCAUGCCCUCUCCCAUAAAAGUACAAAUUAAGUAUUUAUUAAUUGGGACCCCCACACUGUAGAGGCACUAGACUUCCCAAUUAAUUAGUCUUAUUAUACCGACACCAAAGUUGCUUACAUACCAUCUAGGUCUCCUAUAUAAGUUAAUGUAAUUUGCAGAACCAAAGACUACUUCUUUCCAUCUUUUAUAUAUAUAUAUAGAGAGAGCGAGAGAGAGUAAUAAAUGGGAAGGAAGCCAUGCUGUGCGAAAGUAGGACUGGAGAGAGGAGCAUGGACUGCUCAGGAAGAUAGGAUUCUAUCUAAUUACAUCAAAAUCCAUGGAGAAGGCAAAUGGAGAGACCUUCCUCAAAAAGCUGGGUUGAAGCGUUGCGGUAAGAGUUGCAGACUCCGAUGGCUGAACUAUCUUAGGCCUGACAUUAAAAGAGGUAACAUUACUGAGGAAGAAGAAGAUCUCAUUAUCAGACUACAUAAUCUCCUUGGUAAUAGAUGGUCACUUAUUGCUGGGAGACUACCGGGGCGAACAGACAAUGAAAUCAAGAACUUCUGGAACACCAAUUUGAGGAAGAGAAUGUUGCAGGGUCAGAAGAAUCAAAACUACUCUACCAAACAACAACUCAUUAAUAUUAAUUUGAAAAACAAGGAGACAUUGACACCACAAACUAGAAUCCAACCACACCCCGUGAUACGAACUAAGGCUGUGCGAUGCACCAAAGUUAUCAUCCCACAACACCUACAUAAUUAUCAAAUGUUCAAGAAUAAUUAUGUUCCCACUCGGGAGCUCCACAGCCUGUCCUCUUCCUCCCUAGUUAUGGAGGAUGAUUCCUCUAAUUUUUUGGUGGAUUUCAACAUCAGUGAUCUUCUUGAAUCAGAUGUUGUUAACCCGGAAUUUGAGGACAAUGGGGGCUCUGGCAUUAAUGGAGAUUAUUAUAGUGGCGGGAACAUGGCUUCUGGUUCUGAUUUUCCUCUUCCUGCAGCUUAUGAAGCGGUGUUGGACAAUUUAAGUAGUGAAACAAUGCUAGAAAAUUGGAACUUUAGUCAUGAUCCUCUUCAACCAAGUGAAGCUUUGGAGGCACUUGCAUCUUUUCUAUAUUAGGAGGUUGAAUGAAUUCAAUGAUAUAUAUAUAUAAAUAUAUAUAUAUAUGAUAAUAAACAGGUUCAUAAUUGAUAAAGCUAGUCUGCUAGCUUACUCUUUCAUGCAUAUAUAUAUUGAUAUUAGUACUACUACUAUAUUCAUUAGUGCUCUUAAUUAGUUGUAAUGAUCAGAGUUGCAUAAUAUAAUGGCAUAAGUCUUAAUAUAUAUAUAUAUAUAUGUGUGUGUGUGUGUGUGUAUUGAAUGAAUUAUAUUCUCAUUAACUUGUAACAGGCGUAGAUGUAUUUAUAUGAAGUCAUGCCCUGAAUAUAGUAAAAGUUUAAUAUCCUAGUGACCAGAAUGGCGCGCAUGGAAGAGGAGGGUUUGUGUACGUGCAAUUAACACGUGUUUGGCCCAUUUAAAAGAAUAAAACACGCUCAAAACCAUAGGCCCAUUUAGGGAGCAGAAAACUUGUUCGGCCUCUCUCAUGUCAUUUACAGUCUAUUCUAAUUAAAUUAAUUUAAGAUGCAUGUUUAAGCAAAGGCAGGCCACAGUAAAGUAAAUUUAUUUUAUAUAAAAAAUGGCUAUUGGAAUGGGAGCGAAUGUGAGUGCAGGAGUGCAAAAAGGACAAAAUUUAAGUCACGCAGAGUGAGAUGAGAGUAGGUGUGCGCACAGAGCACAAGAACAAAUGUGCGCGUGGAGUGUGAAAGCGCCACCCACUCAGAAGAAUUAUGUGAUUUAGGGCAAAAUUAUAUAAAUUCGAUUAAUCACAACUUGAAUGUAAAUAUGUAAGUUUAAAAGGUACAUAUGUGCUGUAAAUCGAUGACAAAUGUGUUGUAAAUGGUUAGUUCAUUACAUUGUCUUUUUGAAGUGCCAUGAAUGGUACUGGACUUCAAA